UCACUGUCAAAUGUUAUUGUUGUUUUAUUGUGCAAUUUACAUGGACCAGACGUAGUUUAUUUGAAAUAAGUUGAUUACGUUUAUAAACAAAAUAAAUAACAGAAAGUGCUUACGGAAGUGUAUUCAUAUGGAUCGUACCUAAAUUAUUAGCUUUUUGGACAGCACUUUACAUGAAUAUUGAAACUUUCGCUAAUGAAAAAUAUAAUGGAGAAACCUAAACCGGUUCCAUUUUAUGAUUUAUGCAGACUGUGUCUAGAAAAUGAGGGCUUAACUAAAAUAUGUUCAAAAGAAGGGCUAGCUCGCGAUGUGUAUCUAUGUACAGGUGUAGUGGUUUCUAGUCAAGAUAAUCUACCACAGAAGAUAUGCUACAAAUGUGUAGAAAUUGUAGUGAAUGCAAAAUGGUUAAGAGAUAAAACUACGGCAACUGACAGACAUUUGAAAUCCUUGUUUGUUGAUGAUGAACCACUGAGUUUGGGGCUCAAUCGAUCAGAAACGGACCCUGCAGAACAGAUUUCAAAUUCUCGGCGGAGUAGUACAGAUUCAGACAGAACAAUAAAGUUAGAGAUAGAUGAAACACAGUUUUGUGUCAACGAGGAAGAAGGAGAAGAAGAAAAAGAAGUAGAGGCAGAAAAGGAAGAGGAAGAGGAAGACAUCAAACCAAAAAAAAGGAAGACUAGAAGAUCUGAUUCCUCAGAGACUUCCGAGAGUAAUAGACCAAACAAGAAAAUAACUGUUAGAAAGGACCUUUUCAAUGGCUCUCAGACCUCCAGUGUUACCUCGUCUACGAAAGAUGUCGUCACGUCCAUUAAAAAGAAUCUCAAAGUGAAAAUAAAAAGAAUCAAAACGAGUACCGGCGACAGUUUCUACUAUGUAUGCGACAUAUGCCAAAAGAAGUUUAACGCGUGGAAGAAAUAUUAUUUGCAUCAGAAGACUCAUAACAGAAAUAUAAUCUGUCCUCUGUGUGAGAAGAAAUUUGCUACGAAGGGUGAUGUUGAGAAACAUGUUCGUAUUCACACGGGCGAGCGACCCUAUGCCUGUGAUCAAUGCGACAAACGGUUCACACAGCGAGGCUCUCUAAAGUCACACAAAAUCUCAGUACAUCGAAAAGAUGAUCACUCACUCACUCCUAACAAACAAGAAUCAUAAUGGCCCAUAAUUUUUAAAUCUCUUAUAAAGUUAUUUACCCAGUUCCUUAAAGGAUAAGAUACCAGUCGUCUUAUAAAGGCUAAAUACUAUACUAUACUUUUUCAUAUAGGCGAAAAUGUACACGUAUAUACCUAAGUCUAAACUAAAUCAAUUGCCUCACUUAUCAAAAGCUGGCAAGUUAUAGCACUAACGACGAUCUCAAUAUCCCAUCAUGAUUUUCUCAUCUCAGUGAGCAAUGAUUGCCUAAUUAUAGGUAAUUUACAUUUGUAUUAUGUAAUCAAAUUAAUACGUGAACUGCCACGUAGGUCACCGGUUAGUGGAGGAUUUAAAUUUGAAUAAAGUUCCAAAAUAAGUGUCUAGUCUUCCGAAACGUAACUAUGUUUAAUGUUUAAUUUUAAAUUCAAAUUGGUUUUCUUCUAUAAAUAAAAGAAAACAAAUUAAUUCACCUCAUUUUAUAUAGGAAAACGGAAUCAUUCCAUUUUAAACAAGUGAUUUACUACAACCAUUUUUAACAGUAAUUUGUCUAGAUAAUUGUAAAACUGUGCUGUCUAUUUCUAAUAUAUUUUUCUAUUUGCAUUUACAUAAUAAUUUAUGCAUAUGAAGAUUUUUACGAUAGCUUUUUCAACUGAAUACUAUAUAGGUAAUUAAUUGCAAAUAGAAUUACUGUUUUAAUUACAUUUUAAGUGAGACAGACCGAUGGCAUGACAGUUUAUGAUAUUUAUACAAUACAACGUAAACUCAUACGUAGCAUGCAAUUAUUUUAAAUGAACAUGUCGCUUUAUUAUGUCGGAAAAAUAAUUGAAUUGAAACGAUACGUAGGUAUACACAUUUUAGUUUAAAAUAGGUGUGGAGUAGCGCUGUUGUCGUUUAUAGAGUACCAUAAGCAAAAUUUAUUUAUUUAUUUAUUUAAUAUUUGGAGGACCAACAGCAUUAACAUUAAAUAAUUAUAAAGCGACUUAUGUAACAUGCAGCCAAUUAUAGGUCCCCACUUUUAAACUAUUAUACUAUCUAAUUAUAUCGUGUUCAUACAUGAGCAUUAAAUUACACAGUAAUACACAACUACAAAGCUGAAUCAACCAAUACAAUCAAAGUAGAUAUUUUUUAAAGAAAUCACGGCUCAGCAUCCGUCUCACUGUCGCAUGGUUAGCAUUAAAUAUAUCAAUGUCAUAUGUUUUACAUGAUGCGUUAAGUGACUUUCCCGCUCGCCUCAUAAAACUAUUCUGUCUAUAAUUUGAUGAUGCUAAUGGCAGAUGGAUCGGCUUAUAAUGUCGUGUCACUAUUGCUGGAACAUUUAUGCAAAUUUUUGAAAGAAGUUCGGGGUUAUAAAUUGUAUAGGUAUAUAAUAUUUCUCGGAAAAUCCGCAUAAUGGCGGGGAUCUUUUCAAUGUUUAUAUGACACAGGCUGUCGAAGGUUAGUGCUAUUUACAGGAAUGACUGAAUAACCGAUAACUAGUACAUUGGCGAUGUACUUAUAUAAUGUAAAUCUCAUAGAAAUGUUAAUUUUAUUUGUUAAGUUAAAAUCGAAAUAAAACUAUGUUAUAUUUUUAAAA